AUGGUGGCUCAACACUCAUCCGAGUCGAUUGUGCAGCAGCUGCUGGCCUACACGCCCGUGGCCGACAGCAGUUUCGGCGUCCAGGCCGCCUUCCUCGCCGUCGCGCUGCCGCUGGUCGCCAUCGCCGUCAAUGUGGCGCAGCAGCUGCUGCUGCCUCGCAGCGCCAACCUGCCGCCCGUCGUCUUCCACUACGUCCCCAUCAUCGGCUCGGCCAUCACCUACGGCAUGGAUCCCUACCGCUUCUUUUUCGAGUGCCGCGAAAAGUACGGCGACGUCUUCACCUUUGUCCUCCUCGGCCGCAAGGUCACCGUGGCCCUCGGCAGCAAGGGCAGCAACCUCAUCUUCAACGGCAAGCUCUCCCAGGUCAGCGCAGAGGAGGCCUACACCCACCUCACCACGCCCGUCUUUGGCAAGGAGGUCGUCUACGACGUGCCCAACCACGUCCUCAUGGAGCAGAAGCGCUUUGUCAAGGUCGGCCUCUCGACCGACAACUUCCGCGUCUACGUCGGUCAGAUUGUCGAUGAGGUCAGUGACUACGUUCGCACCGACCCGGCCUUCCGCCCCUUUGUUGAGGGCAGCGCCAAGACGGCCGACGUCGACAUCUUCAAGGCCAUGUGCGAGAUCACGAUCCUCACCGCCAGCCGCACCCUCCAGGGCAAGGAGGUCCGCGCCGGCCUCAACAAGACCUUUGCCCAGCUUUACCACGACCUCGACUCGGGCUUCACCCCCAUCAACUUUGUCAUCCCCAACCUGCCGCUCCCCAACAACUUCAAGCGCGACCGUGCCCAGCGCAGCAUGAGCCAGUUCUACCAGGACAUUAUCGCCAAGCGCCGCAAGGAGGGCCACCAGAGCGACGAGCACGACAUGAUCAGCGCGCUCAUGGAGCAGAGCUACAAGAACGGCCGCCCCAUCUCCGACGUCGAGAUUGCCCACAUGAUGAUCGCGCUCCUCAUGGCCGGCCAGCACACGUCGUCGGCCACCGGUUCCUGGGCGCUCCUCCGCCUCGCGUCGCGGCCCGAGAUUAUCGAGGAGCUCUGGGAGGAGCAGGUCGCCGUCUACGGCGACGGCAGCAGCUCCUCGCUCCGCCCGCUCGACUACGACACGCAGAAGAGCAAGGUGCCCAAGCUCGACGCCGUCGUCCGCGAGACGCUGCGCCUCCACCCGCCGAUUCACAGCAUCAUGCGCAAGGUGGUCUCGGACAUGCCGGUCCCCUCGACGAUUGCCUCGCCCUCGUCGUCGGCCAAGAGCCGCGAGGGCGACGCCUACGUCAUCCCCAAGGGGCACUACGUCCUCGCCGCGCCCGGCGUCAGCCAGGUCGACCCGCGGGUGUGGAAGGACGCCGACGUCUUUGACCCGGCACGCUGGCUGUCGGGCGGCGUCAUCAAGGACGAGCAGGGCGGCAGCGGCGACGGCGAAAAGGAGGACGACAAGGUCGACUUUGGCUGGGGCAUGGUCUCGACGGGCGCCAACUCGCCCUACCUGCCCUUUGGCGCCGGCCGCCACCGCUGCAUCGGCGAGCAGUUUGCCUACCUCCAGCUCGGCACCAUCAUUGCCACCAUGGUGCGCAACUUCCGCUGGAAGCUCACCGAGACCGGCUUCCCCGAGCCCGACUACACGUCGAUGGUCGUCCUGCCCAAGUCGGGCACGAUGCGCAUGACGCUUAGGCACGACAUGCUCCAGAUCUAG